CCGACAGGUCUUCGGUGGAACUGGUCUGGAUUCAGGGACUUGUGCGUAAUGACGCGCUGACUGACUGCUGGCUUUAGGACUGAAAUGAUGUGGGGACUGCACGUGCGUUUGGGGUCCUUUUUUAAAACCAGCUCACCAUCUGUGAAGGCACCAUGGAGAACCGUAACCCGCGUUCAUCCCGCACACCUCUCAUGACCGGUAGCUUCCAACAGGUCUCGGUGCGUCCUCAAGGAACUUUUCUCUUUUCUGCCGACUCUUAGGAUGUGCUGUGUUUUACUCAGCUCCCUUGCGCACGCUUAAAAGAAGUUUUCCAGUAACAGUUAGACAUGCAGAGCCGCGGUUUGGUGAGAAACUCGGCCGCUCUGUCCGCGGUGCGCUCCUGCCUGCUGCUGCUGCUCAUCCACAUGAGCGCUCCGGUGGAGGCGAAGAGAGUGGCCGGCGGCCGGGCGCAGACCCGCCGUGUGCAGCCGCAGCCGCAGCCGCAGCCUCCGGCGCACAGGGAGAGGGUGGAGGGAGCAGAGAGCUUCCCGUUAGACUUCACCGCCGUGGAGGGGAACAUGGACAACUUCAUGGUGCAGAUAAAGAACCUGGCGCAGUCACUGUACCCGUGCUCUGCGCAGAAACUGGAUCAAGACAUGAAGUUGCACUUUUUGAAGAAUGUUUCUGUGACUUGCAAUGACGGGUCACCUGCAGGGUACUACAUCAAGGAGUCUAAAGGCAGCAAGAGGUGGCUGCUGUUCUUGGAAGGCGGCUGGUACUGUUUCAACAGGCAGACCUGUGACAGCAGGUACAGGACGAUGAGGAGACUGAUGAGCUCCACCAAGUGGCCACAAACCAGAACAGGUAACAGGACACACAUGUUAUUUCCUGCAUUGUGUGAUUAUGCGUUCAUGGGCUCUCUGAUCAUUAAGGAGGUGGUGAACGAGCUGCUGACAAAAGGUCUGGACAACGCCAAGGUUCUGCUCCUGGCGGGAAGCAGUGCGGGCGGUACAGGUGUCCUGGUGAACGUGGACCAUGUGGCAGAGCAGCUGCAGUCUCAGGGCCACCGGGGAGUUCAGGUCAGGGGUCUGGCAGACUCCGGAUGGUUCCUGGACAACAAACAGUUCAAAUUCACAGACUGCCUGGAUACCAUCAGCUGUGCCCCGACUGAGGGCAUAAAGAAAGGCAUCAGGUACUGGGGCGGUUUGGUGCCAGAGAGCUGCAGACAGGCUCACGUGGGAGAGGAGUGGAACUGUUUCUUUGGGUAUAAAGUCUACCCCACGUUAAAAAGCCCGGUGUUUGUGGUGCAGUGGCUGUUUGACGAGGCCCAGCUGGCGGUCGACAACAUCCACCUGACCGAACACCCUGUCCAUGAGGGCCAAUGGAGGUACAUACAGAACCUGGGACAGGAACUGAGGAGCACGCUGCGCGACGUGCCGGCGAUGUUUGCUCCGGCCUGUCUGUCACACGAACUCAUUACUAGAACCUACUGGAUGGACAUUCAGGUGAAAGGCACCUCCCUGCCCAGAGCCCUCCACUGCUGGGACCGCAGUCUCCAAGACAGCAACCACACCAACGGCAGCCACAGCAACCAAAAGCACAAGACCCCACCCAUAAGGGGUUGCCCUCUACAUUUGAUUGACAGCUGCCCGUGGCCUCACUGCAAUCCUUCCUGCCCGACUAUUCGUGACCAGCUGACGGGACAGGAGAUGAGCGUGAUCCAGUUCCUGAAGCACAUGGGCUUUGACGUGCAGAAGAUGGCCCAGCAGCAGGGGAUGGACCCCAGGGCGCUACUGGGCAUGCUCAACAACGGGAACUGAGUUGCUUUUCUUUUAAGUGCAGCAGUGUUAAUGUAAUGUCGGUGAGCUGUUCAGCAAAUAAAUGGAAGACAAGGAACAUGAAAACAGAACUCGAAUGAGAAAACUUGAUAGUUUUCUCAUACCCUCUUACCCUCAAAACACCGUCUUCCAUGAACAACAAACAAAACACAGCUGUUUAAAAGACUGAACAAAAAGUGCCUGAUUGUUGAGUCAAAUACAAUCAAACCAGAACUGUUGUAAUGGGAUCACAUGCUCUUUGUUUUAAGACAUAGACAGAUAUAUACUGUAUGUGUUUAUUUGUUAGGAUCCCCAUUAGCUGCGUCCUAAAGCACAGCUAGUCUUGCUGGGGUCCACACUGUAGAUAUGCUAUUAUUGUGAGGUGUACACAAAUACAUAAAACAGGUGGGUACAGUGUGUAUAUAUAUACAGUAAAUAUGUACCGUACAUCAUGUCUGUGCAGGUGAGACUGUCAUGGUGGUAGUUUUGAUGGGAAGGCACUGGACUGUUUUGUGGGGAUUUGGUGCUCUCUUCUGUCGACUCUGACUAUUACAAUCAGAAAUCCAUCCAUGGUGCUGCUGUUUCUACCCUCCACCAAAUAUGCUGCUUUUUCUCAGUUUGGAAUUAUAAUUUAAUGGGUAAUAUUUACUAAUAAAAGGUACAAAGAUUAAGAUUAUUUCUUUGUUCUUCAGGCUACUUAAGAGUGCUUAUAUAUUUAUUUUUCUACUGAAAAUAUCUUUUAUAUGUCUUACAUUCAGAUACGGUUACUGAACUGGUGUCUCCAUACAUUGUACUUUUUUAUUUGCAUGUUUGUGGGGAAAAAAACAAAAACUGUAUGCUGAUAGUACAAAUCACAUCCAUAUUGUUUUUCAGGCAGUUGAGUUUGUAACAAA